AUGCUUCCUAAAAUAUUAGCUAUUUGCUCCAUUUCUUCCAUCAUAAUCGGCAUUGGGUUACUGCUAAAUGGAUUUAUUGUCAUAACCAACUUGUUUUGGUGGAUGAAAGGUCAAACUGUUCAGCCCAUUAAUGUUCUUAUUACUGGCUUAGGGCUGGUGAGGAUCAUACUUCUAAGUAUAAUUGCAAAAGAGGUUUACUUUACAAUGUUUGGCUUGCCUCUGUUUCACGUUGAUUCUCAUCCUCAAUACAUAGACACUUUACUUGUGUGCUUGAUGUUCUGCAAUCUGUGGUGGGGCUCGGUGCUUUGUGUGUUCUACUGCAUGAAAAUCACAAACUACAGCAACAGAAUCUUCAUGAGACUCAAGAUGAAGAUCUCCAAAAUGGUCCACUGGCUGCUCCUCAUCUCUUUGGCCAUCUCCGUUCUUUCCAGUUUGCCUUGUACCUGGGUCAUUUUUGCUAUUCGUGUUGUUAAUGGCACCGGAAGUAGAAGCAUGGAAGUAAAUAUAGUCCACCUAUUCAUCACCGUCUUUGCAGGAUCCAUUAUACCAUUCACAUUAUUUUGUGCUGCCAUCUACCUGAUCAUUGUGUCUCUCCUGAGACACACCAGGAACAUGAACAGCAGAGAUUCCGGCUUCAGCCAUUCUCAACGAGAAGUUCACCUCAGUGUCAUUCGGAACAUGAUCUCUUUCAUACUGUUUUAUGUUAUGUUUUUUGUAGCUUACAUAUUAUUUUGUAGUACUCUAAAUUUGAAGUCUGACACCUUUAGGUUAAUUUGUUUUAUUUUCAUCUGUGCCUACCCAAGUCUUCACUCCAUCGCGUUAAUUGUUGGCAACAAAGAGUUAAAAACUUUCUUCUGUGUUGUUCUCUCUUGUACUUGGUUGGGAAACUCUAAGCGGCAAUCCCCUUAA